AUGAGCCCCCUUUGGUGGGGGCUUCUGCUCAGUUGCUUGGACUGCAGAAUCCUGCCAGGAGCCCAGGCUCAGUUCCCCCGAGUCUGCAUGACGGUGGACAGCCUGGUGAACAAGGAGUGCUGCCCACGCCUGGGUGCAGAAUUGGCCGAUGUCUGUGGCUCUCAGCAAGGCCGGGGACAGUGCACAGAGGUGCGAGCCGACACGAGGCCCUGGAGUGGUCCCUACAUCCUACGAAACCAGGAUGACCGUGAGCAGUGGCCAAGAAAAUUCUUCCACCGGACCUGCAAGUGCACAGGAAACUUUGCCGGCUAUAAUUGUGGAGACUGCAAGUUUGGCUGGACCGGCCCCAACUGCGAUCGGAAGAAACCGCCAGUGAUUCGGCAGAACAUCCAUUCCUUGAGUCCUCAGGAGAGAGAGCAGUUCUUGGGCGCCUUAGAUCUCGCGAAGAAGAGCGUACACCCUGACUACGUGAUCACCACGCAACACUGGCUGGGCCUGCUUGGGCCCAAUGGGACCCAGCCGCAGUUUGCCAACUGCAGUGUUUAUGAUUUUUUUGUGUGGCUGCAUUAUUAUUCUGUUAGAGAUACAUUAUUAGGACCAGGACGCCCCUACAAGGCCAUAGAUUUCUCACAUCAAGGACCUGCUUUUGUUACCUGGCACCGGUACCAUUUGUUGUGUCUGGAAAGAGAUCUCCAGCGACUCAUUGGCAAUGAGUCUUUUGCUUUGCCCUACUGGAACUUUGCCACUGGGAGGAACGAGUGUGAUGUGUGUACAGACCAGCUAUUUGGAGCAGCGAGACCAGACGAUCCGACUCUGAUUAGUCAGAACUCAAGAUUCUCCAGCUGGGAAACUGUCUGUGAUAGCUUGGAGGACUACAACCACCGGGUCACCUUGUGCAAUGGAACCUAUGAAGGUUUGCUGAGAAGAAAUCAAAUGGGAAGAAAUAGUGUGAAAUUGCCAACCUUAAAAAACAUACGAGAUUGCCUGUCUCUCCAGAAGUUUGACAAUCCUCCCUUCUUCCAGAACUCUACCUUCAGUUUCAGGAAUGCCUUGGAAGGGUUUGAUAAAGCCGAUGGGACUCUGGAUUCUAGAGUGAUGAGCCUUCAUAAUUUGGUUCAUUCCUUCUUGAACGGGACAAACGCUUUGCCACAUUCAGCUGCCAAUGAUCCCAUUUUUGUGGUGAUUUCUAAUCUUUUACUUUACAGUGCUACAACAAACGUCCUUGAACACGUAAAGAGAGAGAAGGAAACUAAGGAACUCACUUCCCUACACAUGCUGGUUCUUCAUUCCUUUACUGACGCCAUCUUUGAUGAGUGGAUGAAAAGAUUUAAUCCUCCUGUAGAUGCCUGGCCUCAGGAGCUGGCCCCUAUUGGUCACAAUCGGAUGUACAACAUGGUUCCUUUCUUCCCUCCAGUGACGAAUGGAGAACUCUUUUUAACCGCAGACCAACUUGGCUACAGCUAUGCCAUUGAUCUGCCAGUUUCAGUUGAAGAAACUCCAGGUUGGCCCACAACCCUCUCAGUGGUCAUGGGAACGCUGGUGGCUUUGGUUGGUCUUUUUGUGCUGCUGGCUUCUCUUCAAUAUAGAAGACUUCGAAAAGGAUAUACACCCCUAAUGGAGACACAUUUAAGCAGCAAGAGAUACACGGAAGAAGCCUAG